CGCACGUUUCUUUCGGUUGGCAAUUUUGUUGUGUGUAACUGUUCUUUUCCGGGUGCAAAACUGUCUCUACUCGGAUUUAAGGGCCUUGACUACCCGAUUUGUCAGGUUCUCGCGAUACACAGAGGGGCGUGUGGCACGCUUGAUAAGUUAUCAAGUUGUGAUCGACUGCUGGCCAGUGUUUUGUUAUUUUUUGCUUGAUUUUUUAUUCGUAUUUCACGCGUAAUUCAGACCAAAUGGCUGGUGUGACCGUCUCUUAAAAAAUACUAACAAAAAUACUGGUCGAGGUAGGCAACAGCUGUUAGGUUACUGUAGGCCAACCCUGUCUCUGUAGGGCUGCAUUACUGGCGCAGAUUUUUCGGCGCGUGCAUUUUAUAAACAUCUUCGGCAAAUACACGGAUUUUUGAGCAUGUUUGACGUGGAACCCAUCAUUGCCGACCACAAGGAUGUCAUACACGAUGUUGUGUUUGAUUACUAUGGCCGCCGUAUGGCCACAUGCUCCAGCGAUCAAACAGUGAAGAUCUGGGAUGAGGACGGGCAGGGCAAGUGGAACGUCACUAGCAGCUGGAAGGCUCACUCCGGAUCUAUUUGGCGAGUUUCCUGGGCUCAUCCGGAAUUUGGCCAAGUGGUGGCUACUUGCUCAUUUGAUCGCACCGCCUCCGUUUGGGAGGAGGUGAUUGGCGAUAAGGUUUCAGCCACCAAUGCUCCCACACGUCGCUGGGUGCGUCGAACCACUUUGGUUGAUUCGCGAACCAGUGUUACAGAUGUAGAGUUCGCGCCAAAAUAUCUGGGACUCCUGCUGGCCACUGCAUCUGCCGACGGCAUCAUCCGCAUUUACGAGGCUCCGGACAUCAUGAACCUCUCGCAGUGGCCCGUGCAACACGAAAUUGCUAAUAAGCUGCCUCUUAGCUGUUUAUCAUGGAAUACGUCCACUUAUAUGGUUACCCAGCUGCUAGCGGCCGGCAGCGACGAGGCAGCCACUCCUACCGGCAAGGUGUUUUUAUUCGCAUACAGCGAGAAUGCCCGGAAGUGUGUUAAAAUUGAGACUGUUAAUGACAUAACUGAUCCCGUCACGGAUGUGGCUUUUGCCCCCAAUGCCGGUCGAACCUUCCACAUGCUGGCAGUGGCCAGCAAGGAUCUCUACAUCGUAAAUCUGCGGGGCGUGACGGACGCCACCGGCAUUUCUAAGCUGGACAUCCAGACUAUCAAAUUCAGUGAGCACAAUUGCCCCGUGUGGAGGGUUUGCUGGAAUAUGCUAGCCACUAUGUUAAUUUCCACGGGCGACGAUGGAUGCGUGCGUCUGUGGCGAAUGAACUACAACAGGCAGUGGCGUUGUGCCGCUGUGCUAAAAGCGGAGGGCAGCGGGCCUACCUAUGAGCCCGCUCCGCCCACACCGACAUUGGCCACCACCGCCUCGGCUACGGCGAAGUUUUACAAGAAGGGCACCAUCGGUAACCAAGUACCGUGGCACUGAUCUUGCACUUAAUCGUUAUAGUCCCGAAUAAAUUCUUAAGUUGAAACUA